AUGGUAGAAGGCAAAAGGAAUGAGAAAGAAGUAGAUGGCACGGUCAUGAUUGUGGUCAAGUACAAGAAAUGGGGGGACAAGGACCGCCAUAGAAGUGCAGAGGACAUAGCAUUUGCUGUUGCACGAUUUUUCCAAAGGGGUGGAACCUUGCAGAAUUAUUAUAUGUAUCAUGGAGGGACCAACUUUGGUAGAACAUCAGGCCUCUCAAUUACAACAUCUUAUGACUAUGAUGCUCCAAUUGAUGAAUAUGGCAAUCCAAGACAACCAAAGUGGGGACAUCUCAAACAACUACAUGCAGCUAUUAAGUUGGGAGAGAAGAUCAUCACUAAUGGGGCAGCAACAACAAAAGAUUUGGGCAAUGGAGUCGAACUAACCACAUUUACCAACAAUGCAACUGGCGAGAGAUUCUGCUACUUGAGCAAUUUGAAUACAACAAAUGAUGCUAAUAUUGACUUGAAAAAGGAUGGGAAUAGCUAUUUUGUUCCAGCUUGGUCUGUAAGCAUUCUUAAUGGUUGCAAUAAAGAAGUUUUUAAUACUGCCAAGGUCAACGUCCAGACUUCUCUCAUGAUAAAGAAGCCAUUAGUUCCUUCGUUCUUUUGGACAUGGGCGCCCGAGGCCAUGGACAACAUGCUUAAUGGCAUAGGUAGAUUCAAUGCUUCACAGCUUCUUGACCAAAAACAAGCGUCUUCUGAUGCUAGUGACUACUUAUGGUACAUUACAAGUGCUGUCGUCAAUAAACCAGAAUUGAAGAAUGCAAGUCUUUAUGUGAAUUCUUCAGGAGAAAUCCUUCAUGCAUAUGUCAAUAAAAUCUCAAUCGGUUAUGAGAUAGGAGAAAAAGGUUUUCAAUUCCAGAAACCUGUUUCCUUGAAACAUGGAAGAAAUGUUAUAAGUUUACUUAGUGUCACAGUUGGCCUAAGGAAUUAUGGCUCGUUUUUCGAGAUGGAACCUAAUGGCAUUCGUGGAGGGCCGGUGAAAUUGGAGGACUCCAAAAACGUUACUCUGUUAGAUUUAUCAUCCAACACAUGGAAUUAUAAGGUUGGCCUGGAUGGAGAAGAGAAAAGGAUGUUUGAUCCAAGCUCAGAAAAAGGGAUUGGUAAUGCCUGGAAGACCUCAGGAAAGCUCCCUAUUAACAGACCCAUGACAUGGUAUAAGACCACAUUUAAAGUAUCCAAAGCGAUAGAUCCCAUGGUAUUGGAUUUGCAAGGUAUGGGGAAGGGACAAGCUUGGGUGAACGGAAACAGCCUUGGGAGAUUUUGGGUAACACAGACAGCUAAUCCCAGAGGUUGCAGUGCCACCUGCAAUUACCGAGGAACUUAUGCAGUAGCCAAAUGUGAGUCUAACUGUGGCAAUCCUUCCCAAAGAUGGUAUCAUGUUCCGAGAUCAUUCCUUAAUGAUCAAACAAAUACAUUGAUUUUGUUUGAGGAAUUUGGGGGAAACCCUUCAAAUGUGUCUCUCCAAACAAUAACAAUAGGAACAAUUUGCGGUAAUGCAUACGAAGAGAGCGUGUUGGAAUUGUCAUGCCAAGGAGGCCUAAAAAUCAGCGGAGUCCAAUUUGCUAGCUUUGGAGAUCUGCAGGGAUCAUGCGGUUCAUUCCGUGAGGGCUCUUCAAAUGUUGCCAAUACCAUAUCCAUUGUGCAAAAGGAAUGUGUUGGUAAAGAAAAAUGUUCAAUUUUUGUAUCGGAAAAAAUAUUUGGAGAUGGCUCCAAGAACAUCAUCCCCAACAGGCUAGCAGUACAAGCUGUUUGUUCAUGA